AUGCUUGUCCCAGCGAUCCGGAGGCAAGUCCUCCAAAACGCCCGCUUUGCGCGCGCCGCCCUCCCCAGCCUCACAAGAUGGUAUGCCUCGUACCCCCCGCACACAGUCGUCAAGAUGCCAGCGCUGUCUCCGACAAUGACCGCUGGCAAUAUUGGCGCGUGGCAGAAGAAGCCCGGUGACACCAUCGCACCCGGCGAGGUGCUCGUCGAGAUCGAGACCGACAAGGCCCAGAUGGACUUUGAGUUCCAAGAAGAGGGUGUCCUGGCCAAGGUUCUGAAAGAGACCGGCGAGAAGGACGUUGCUGUUGGCAAUCCAAUUGCUAUCCUGGUGGAGGAAGGGACCGAUGUUGGCGCCUUCGCCGGCUUCACCCUCGCCGAUGCUGGCGGCGAGUCCGCUCCUGCGGCUGCCAAGGAGGAGACGCCCAAGUCCGACGCUGCCCCCACCCCGGCCCCGACGUCCGCCCCCGAGCCCGAGGAGACCGGAUUUGGCGGCAAGCUCGAGCCCGCUCUCAACCGUGAGCCUAACAUUUCGGCCGCGGCCAAGAGGAUUGCUAUCGAGAAGGGCGUUUCGCUAUCCGGCCUGAAGGGAACCGGCUCGGGCGGCAAGAUUACAGAGGAGGAUGUCAAGAAGGCUUCGUCCUCGCCCGCUGCUGGCGCUGCUGCGCCUGCCGGUGCUCUCUACGAGGACAUCCCCAUCAGCGGUAUGCGCAAGACCAUCGCCUCCCGCCUCAAGGAGUCCGUGUCCGAGAACCCCCACUACUUCGUCACCUCCAGCCUGUCCGUCACCAAGCUGCUCAAACUCCGCCAGGCCCUGAACAGCACCUCGGAAGGCAAGUAUAAGCUCUCGGUGAAUGACUUCCUGAUCAAGGCCAUUGCCGUCGCCUCCAAGAAGGUCCCGGCCGUCAACAGCUCGUGGCGUGACGGUUUCAUCCGCCAGUUCAACACCGUCGACGUCUCCGUCGCUGUGUCGACCCCCAGCGGCCUGAUCACCCCCAUCGUCAAGGGUGUCGAGGGCAAGGGCCUCGAGGGUAUCUCGUCCGCCGUCAAGGAGCUCGCCAAGAAGGCCCGUGACAACAAGCUCAAGCCGGAGGAGUACCAGGGCGGCACCAUCAGCAUCUCCAACAUGGGCAUGAACCCGGCCGUCGAGCGCUUCACCGCUGUCAUCAACCCCCCGCAGGCGGCCAUCCUCGCCGUCGGCAGCACCAAGAAGGUCGCUAUCCCGGCCGAGUCCGAGGACGGCACCACCGGCAUCGAAUGGGACGACCAGAUCGUCGUCACCGGCAGCUUCGACCACAAGGUCGUCGACGGCGCGGUCGGCGCCGAGUGGAUGCGCGAGUUCAAGAAGGCCAUCGAGAACCCUCUCGAACUCCUUCUCUGA